CACGAUGAUCCAAAAGGGGACCGUAAUAGCCUUAAUACUUGGUGUCAUUGCUGUAUACUUCACGAACCGCAAGGUUGGACCACUAGAACUUUACUCAUUCAACUCUUCAUAUGAUUACAUCAUCUUAGGAGCCGGAUCGGCCGGAUGCGUCCUCGCAAAUAGACUUUCGGAAGAUCCAGAAUCCUCGGUACUUAUCCUUGAAGCCGGGGGUUCAGAAGAUGAAAAUGGAGACAUAAGUGUUCCCAUCUCCUCUGCAUUUGUUCAGCUAUCAAGACAGGACUGGAUGUUCCGAACUGUACCUCAGGAGAAAGCGUGUUUGGCAAUGCGUGACAGGAGGUCUGCCUGGCCACGAGGAAAGGUUCUUGGCGGUAGUAGUAACUUAAAUUAUAUGCAAUAUGUUCGUGGAAGUCGUCAUGACUACGAUGGCUGGGCCAAGGAAGGGUGCAAGGGUUGGAGCUAUAAAGAUGUCCUCCCGUAUUUCAUAAAAUCCGAGGAUAUUCAAAUUCCAGAACUUAUGAAUUCAGCCUACCAUGGAAGAGGGGGAUAUUUGUCCGUCAGUGACGCGACUGCCACUACCCUUGGUAGAAAUGUAUAUGCACGUGCAAUGGAGGAGCUCGGUCACACUAUCACAGAUUGUAACGGAAAAUCACAAAUUGGUUAUUGUUCUUCUCAAGAAAAUGUCGGAAAUGGGGAACGUUCGAGCACCGUAAAAGCCUUUCUGAGACCCGCCAUGGAACGCCAGAACCUCCAUGUCUCCAUCAAUUCUUAUGUUACUAAGAUCCUGAUGAAAGAUAAGAAGGCAGUCGGAGUAUCGUUUGUGAGAGACAACAAGAAGUACGUCAUAAUGGCGAACAAGGAGGUGAUUCUCUCAGCAGGUUCGGUGCAGUCUCCCCAGAUCCUGAUGUUGUCUGGAAUAGGACCAAAGGAACAUCUCAAAUCCAUGGGGAUCCCAGUGGUUGCCGAUCUGCAGGUAGGAGAUAAUUUACAGGAUCAUUUGAAGACGUUCUUAGACUUUCAUGACAAUACCACGAGUUCGGCCUCCAAAACUAAGAUCAUGUCACCCAUAUCACAGAUACAAUACAAGGCUUUUAAGUCAGGAAUAAUGAGCAGGCCUCAUACGGAGGGAACGGCGUUUCUCACGAAGGAUGAAAAGCUUCCGCCACAUAUUGAGCUUCAUUUCUUCAGCUUUAUGUAUGAGCCUGAGCUCACUGACCUGUUCUUAGACAUGCUUAAUAUAGAUCGGAAGUUAAAAGAAGGAAAACAGAGGGAAUUUCAAAGAAACAAAGACAGAAAUAUUGGGACAUUUAGUGUGCUUCCGGUUCUUCUUCAUCCCAAGAGUCGAGGAACCAUCCGCCUUCAGAGUAACGAUCCUUUUGAUCCGCCACUCAUUAACCCAAACUAUCUCGACCAUCCGGAUGAUAUCAAAACGUUCCUGAAAGGAGUUCGGGAGGUUUUAAAAUUGGGUGACACUACAGCUUUCAAGUCAAUUGGUGCCUCAUCCCAGGAUCCUCUUGAGACUUACCUCCCACAGUGUGACGAUCUUUCUCCAGGAUCAGACGAGUACUGGAUCUGUAGACUGAGACAUUUAACGUACACAGUCUACCAUCCGACGUCCACUUGUCGAAUGGGAGCCAAGGAUGAUCCCACAGCAGUUGUAGAUUAUGAACUUAAGGUGAGGGGAAUUCAGAGUCUACGAGUGGUGGAUGCUUCCGUCAUGCGCAAUGUGCCCUCGGGAAAUACAAAUGCUCCAACAAUUAUGAUUGCAGAAAAAGCUGCAGAUAUGAUAAGAAAUAUAGACAGUGUGAAAUUCAUAAGAGAAAAAACUGAUAAAUUGCAUUAGUACCAUGUAGAUGAUGACUGCGUGGUACAAGUGACAAAAGUCGUCAGAAAAU